UACACAUUUAUUUCUCCUUCAGUCUGCAGUCACUCCCAUCGUGUCCGGGGAGUACACUCACCACCACCGGGACAGAGCUCCGAUGGCUGCCCGGGUUUCCUUCACCCAGAUCCGGCUGGAGACGGAGGUGGAGCGCUGCCGGGCCGAGUGUCAGUGGGACAGGAUGCCGGCGAUCAUCGACCAGAUGCAGGCUGCGCGUUUCCACGAGGACGAUGACUACGGGAUGCUGCUGAUGGCGGAGGCCCUGCUGGAGGAGUGCCUGCAGGAAAACACGGACCUCUUACGGAGCUGCAUGCCUCUGACGGACAAGACCCAACCCAAACUGUGCCGAGCCAAAGGACACCUCAACUCGGUCCUGAGCAGAGGCCGUCUCUCGCCUCGGUACCUGAACGAGGCUCUGCUGCUGAUGGCCAAAGUCCACUAUGUGCAGGGUCGGUACCGGGACGCUCAGGGGAUGUGUGCCAGGGUGGGACUGGAGGAGCUGACACAGGAUGUACAGCCCACUUACCACCUACGCCUGCUGGCCGAGGCUUUUGUCAUCAAAGGUCUGUCUCUGGACCACCAGGCGGUCUCUUCAAUAUCUCGUGUCCGUCUGUCAGAGAGGGAGGAGGAGAGUCUGUCCUGUUUCCUGAGAGCCUGCGAUGCCGCGCUCUCCUACCUGCAGGAGCUCGACAAGACUUCAUCGACCCCCCACUCUAAGACCCCAAAAUCCAGUCUUCUCCCUCCCCCUCCCGACAUCGACCUGGGCUACUUCGUGCACGCCGCGUUACAGAGCGCGUACCUGUGUCUGCUGCAGAGAGGUCAUCUUGCACAGGGUUCACACCAGCUGCGUCGGGUGCUCAGGGUGGUGGAGUCUCGAGGGUCUCAGAGCUUCAGGAAGUCUGCAGCCAGGAAGCUAGCAGAGGUGCUGCUGAGCUCCGUCAGUGUAGACAGCUACUGGCCCCCGCUGGGACCCCCCCCCACAGCCUGGCUCCACAGAGAGGGGGCUGCCGCCUCCAAAGAUGCCAUCUACCCCACCGUGAAACCCCCGCAGAGAUACAGCACAGAGGGUUGCUUCUGUCCUCAGGACGUGGUGGAGGAGGCUGUGCUGCUGCUGCUCAUCACAGAGUCCAUGGCGAGCGGCGAGGCCGUGAUCAGUCGUCUGCCGGACCAGGCCGAAGCUCGUAAGACCAGCCUGCAGGAUGCCACCUCUGUGUACGACCUGCUCACUAUCGGCAUGGCCAGGAGGGGGCAGUAUGCCAUGUUGUCUGAGUGUCUGGAGCGAGCCAUGAAGUUUUCUUUCAACGAGUUCCACCUCUGGCACCAGCUGGGCCUGUCACUCAUGGCGGCGGGGAAGGGCGUCGGUGCGGUGUCUGUAUUUAAAGAAUGCAGCAGGAUGAGACCAGAGGAUCCGUCUUUGCCCCUAUUGGCUGCUAAAGUCUGCAUUGGUCAACUGCACUGGUUUGAGGAGGCUGAGGCCCUGUCAAAGACUGUGAUGUCGAUGGGAGAAGAAGCCAGGGAGUUUUUACCGAGAGCUUACCUGUCUCUGGGACUGAGCUGCAGUCUGCAGGCCUCUGACGCCACUCUGAAAGCCGACCGCGAUGAAUUCAACAAACGAGCUCUACAAGCUUUGAACAAAGCGCACUCCUUAGAUCCUCAGGACGCUCAGAUCGCCAUGUACCUGUCUCUGCAGCUGGCUCUCGUACGACAGGUGUCAGCGGCCCUGGAGCCCCUGCAGGCGGCCCUGUCUCUGCGAGGGGACGACGUUCACUCGCUCCACCUGCUGACGCUGCUGCUGAGCGCCCAGAAACACCACCGUCAUGCUAUGGACACCAUGAACCUGGCCCUCAGCCAGCACCCUGGAAACUUCAAUCUGCUGUUCACUAAGGUGAAGCUGGAGGAGGUUCUGUUCGGCCCGGCUGCAGCCCUGCAGACCUGUGAGGAGAUGCUGCAGAGCUGGCAGAGCCGCUACGACGUCAGCCGCUCCAGUGAGACCGAUGACAGCAGCAGUAUACCGAUGGCUGAGAGGGUGGAGGUCAGCGCCGGAGGCAGGAAACCCUCCAUCUUCCUCACACUGCCGGACUUCCAGGACGCCUCCACAGGUUCGCAGAGCCCUUCAUCAGUUGCGGCAACUCGUCUGGAGGCGGCGCUCUCUGAGGUGUCUGACCUCAGCUCCACCCCACGACAAGGACCCACAUACAUCUGGACCACACUGGAACGGAUCUGGCUUCAGGCUGGUGAGUUGUUCAUGGCUGACGGUCGUCUAAAGGAGGCCCAGUUCUGCAUCGCCGAGGCCAGCGCGCUCUUCCCAAACUCUCACUCGGUGCUGCUGCAGCGGGGCCGCCGCGAGCUGCGGGGCCAACUGGAUGAAGCUAAAGGCCUGUACGACGAGGCGCUCGCCAUCGACCCCACGGGAGAGAGCAUCCUCGUACACAUGGGCCACCUCCUGGUGAAGACGGAGCGUGUGCACCUCGGGGAGAAGGUCCUGCGUGAUGCGGUUCAGGUCCACAGCACCUCCCACGAGGCGUGGAGCGGCCUGGGCGAGGCCCUGCAGUCCCGGGGCUCCAUCCAGGCCCCCGAAUGCUUCCUGACCGCCCUGGAGCUGGAGGCCUCCUGCCCCAUCCGGCCCUUUGCCAUCAUCCCCAGAGAGCUUUAAGGGACGGGUUGGGUGAGGGCGGCUCAGUGUGUGGAUGGAUAAUUCUUCACUGAUAAAGAAUGUUUUUAUUUGGGACAUUUUAAUUUAUUUCUUGUGUGAUAAGGAGAUCACGUCUGCUUAUCUCUGUUUAUAAAUGAGGACGCUAAAGGAGCUAUCUUAGCUCACUCAUAAACCCCUCCCCCUACAAGUUGUUUUUUCUAUGAAUCAAACAAAAAAGAUUUAGAACUCUGCAAUCGUAUUCUUUACCCACAGCUAUGCUAGCAGUUUCCCCCUGUUUCCAGUCUUUAUGCUAAGCUAAGCUAACCAUGUCCUACAUACAGCUUUAUAUUUAACAAACAGAAAGAAAGAUGGACUCCAUCUCGUCAUCCAGACACAAACAAAAUCAGUUUAUCUCUUAAGGUAUUUAUUUUACCUCUUUUAUUUCUGUAAUAUCUCAAAAACAAGAAAUCAAAAUCUGAUUUUGGUGAAAUAAUAUAUUCAGUCAGUCUGAUUGUCCUGAAAAUAUCUCAUGUAAGCAUUCAGUGUUGAACCUUUCAUAUUCUAACAACUUCCUGUUUGGAUGAUAUUUUGAUUUAAUUGUGAUAUUUAAUGUUCUUCAUGGAGAAAAAGCAACAGAGGGAUUCAGAUUUCUGCAGAUGAAAAAGUUGUAUAUUUAAUGUUUGAAUGUAUUUCUGUGAUUGUGUUCAUCUCCUCUUGAGUACAGGAGUGGAAGUUACAAAUGUUGAGUAAUAUAUUUUGAAAAUAUGAAUGUUUCAUGUCA